AUGGGGUUUUCAUCCCGUUUCCUCCGCAUUCCGCGGCCAGAGACCUUUCUCUACGUGAUGAGCCUGGAAACAGGCGCGUCGCUGAUUACUCUAUCCUUGCUGCUGAACAAGAUUAGUGGUCUCUACGGCCUCCUCGCCCUCCUCACCGGAUAUCACCUGUCCCCCGUGCAACUGUCCAUGUACCUGUACUCCCUAAUUGCCCUCGCCCUCGCCGCCUUGCUCUUCCCACACAUCCGCAAACAAUCGCCUCUCGAGUGCCUGGGCCUUGCCUGGCUCUAUCUCCUCGACAGUCUCAUCAAUGCCGCCUACACCGCCGCCUUCGGUGUCACUUGGUUCUUGGUCGUGUCGCAGCAUUAUGAUAGUGGCAAGGCCUCCGGCCCCGGCGGCGACACCAUUGCACAGACGGCCGGUUUCACCAGCCCCAAGUACGAUGCCGCCUACGUCGAGAUUCAACACACCAAGGAGGGUAACGAGUUCGUCGCUCACCCUCCCCGCAGCGCUGAGCACCUCAGCAACGCCGUUUACCAGCCCGAGAGCUUUCAGAGCAUCAUCUUCAUCUCGCUUCUCUGGGCCGUGCGCGUCUAUUUCGUCCUGGUGAUGCUUGCAUUCGCCCGUCAGGCUCUUCGUCUCUGGGUCGCUAUCCCCAAGCACACUUCGCUCCCAACCCACAGCCGCAACGUUUCGGUCGCGAGUGUGGCUGACAUCGACCGCGAACCAUUCUCUGCCUAUAGCCCCGAUGGACAGGGAUGGAAGGGCAAGCUGGGCCGGAUCAUGGUUGGCAUUGGUCAUAGCUACUGGCUUGGUGAAGAGGAGGAUGGCAACUGGCUCAGUGGCAUCAACCACAAGUUCCGUAACCGCAGCAACAACAUCGAGUUGCCUGGUCCCCUCGAGCGUGAGCGCAGACGUCGCUCAGGCACCGGUCCUCCUCAACCCUCUCCGUCAGUCAUUCGCUCUGGUGUGAUCCAGCAGCCCAUCCACGAGCACCCGGGAACGAACGUCAAGAUGCAGGACUGGGGUGAGACUCGGUAA